GAAGAAAACAGGGCGAUGUUCAUGAACAGGUACAUCUACGAGGUAUCCAGAAGGCACCCCUUCAUGUAUGCUCCUGCCAUUCUUGCCUUGGCUGCUCACUAUGACAAAAUAAUUCCGUUUUGCUGCAAAGCUGAAAAUGCAGAGGAAUGCUUCCAGACCAAGACAGCAUCAAUUAUGAAGGAAUUAAGAGAAGGAAGCUUGUUGAAUGAACAUGUGUGUGCAGUAAUAAAAAAAUUUGGAACCCGAAACCUCCAGGCCAUAACUAUUACAAAGCUAAGUCAAAAGUUUUCCAAAGCAAAUUUUACUGAAAUCCGCAAGCUGGUCCUGGAUGUGGCCCAUAUCCACGAGGAGUGCUGCAGAGGAAACGUGCUGGAGUGCCUGCAGGAUGGGGAAAAGAUUAUGUCAUACAUAUGUUCUCAACAAGAUAGUCUGUCAAGCAAAAUAGCAGAAUGCUGCAAACUGCCCACAAUAGAGCUUGGUUAUUGCAUAAUUCAUGCCGAAAAUGAUGACAAGCCUGAAGGUCUAUCUCCAAAUCUCAGCAGGUUUUUAGGAGAUAGAAACUUUGGUCAGUUUUCUUCAGAGGAAAAAAUCAUGUUCAUGGCAAGCUAUCUUCAUGAAUAUUCAAGAAGACAUCCUGAGCUUGCUGUCUCUGUAGUUCUAAGAAUUGCUAAAACAUACCUGGAGCAAUUGGAGAAGUGUUCCCUGUCUGAAAACCCACUUGCUUGCCAGGACAAUGAAGAAGAAUUGCAGAAACACAUCCAAGAGAGCCAAGCACUGGCAAAACAAAGCUGUACCCUCUUCCAGAAAUUAGGAGAAUACUACUUACAAAACCAGUUUCUCAUUGCUUACACGAAGAAGGUCCCUCAACUGACCUCAGCUGAGCUGAUAGACCUCACCAGGAAGAUGGUGAACAUAGCAGCCACGUGCUGUCAGCUCAAUGAGGAUAAAUGGUCGGCCUGUGGUGAGGGAGCGGCUGACCUUUUCAUUGGACACUUGUGUAUCAGACAGGAAGCAAACCCUGUGAACCCUGGUAUCAGCCACUGCUGCAACUCCUCCUAUUCCAACAGGAGGCCAUGCAUCACUAGCAUAGUGAGGGACGAAACAUAUGUCCCUCCACCAUUCUCUGAUGACAAAUUCGUCUUCCACAAGGACCUGUGCCAAGCUCAGGGCAGAGCACUGCAAACAAUGAAACAAGAGCUUCUUAUCAAUCUGGUGAAGCAAAAGCCACAAAUGACGGAAGAGGAGCAUGAGGCUGUCACUGUCGAUUUCUCUGGCCUUUUGGAGAAGUGCUGCCAAGGCCAGGAGCAGGAAGCCUGCUUUGCAAAAGAGGGUCCAAAACUGGUUUCAAGAACUCGUGCUGCUUUGGGAGUUUAACUUCCUUCAGAGGGAGGAGAAGAAGAGAAAAUGAGCAGAUGGUUUGGUGUGAAGUUUUUUGUUUAAUUAUAACUGACAAUGCUUUAAGAACGUGAUGCAGACUUGCAUGUGAGAUUUUUCUAUCACAGAAAUAAAGUGUUUUCAACUGUU